UGUUUAUUUGCUGUAACUUUGUGUUAAGUUAUCUUUGGAUUACGAUGAUCAGGACACAUCAACCAUUAGGUCCGAAUUGGCAUUGACACCCGACGUAGCGCUCCUCUCAUACACCCCACAGCCCAUCCCAGCCUUGUUCAUGACAAUUAUAGAAGAUGUUUUCAAUGCACGCUGAGAUGUGCCUGUCGCUGUCAAAAUUCAUCAUAUCCCACCAGUGUUUUAAAAUCCAGCCGCCUCAGCAGUCAAAUAUCGGGGUCAAGGAGUAAACUUAUGUCAUCAUUAAAAAAAAAAAAACCAAAAACCCAUUUAAUGGGUUAAUAAUUCAACCGCCCGGUCAGACAGGUUAUACGUUGUCCCGGACCGGGACCGGGACCGGUCCAAUGACCAGGCUAAAUGACUAAUAACGGAUUGAAAACACUUUUACUUUAGUACCACCUAGAGGCCUUGGUGAACUGCUUAAUCAGAAUUUGGGGUUUAAGUACAUAUUUGGGUGGUAUCAUGUGUUUCCGGUAGCAUAGUGGAAAACCUUCCAAUCGUGGAGCUAAUUUUUGUGUUGGCUCUUUCUUACGUGGAAACCUUACAAUGAUGGUCUUGAUCCUUCAAGUCUCGACAACGUUUACCACGUGUUAGGUUCUGCCGUAUCACCACUCACCAGACCCCACCAAAAUGUACAAGCCUGCCAGCCUGGGCCUGGAGUAGUUGAGUGUCAAAGAAGACUCGAGUAAGAACUUAGAGGCUGAAAGAUGGAAAAUGGGUACAUCUCCAAUCGAAACUGCUAAAUGGGACAGAUAUCGAAGCUGGAUGACAUGAUGACACGCGCCUCACAAGCACAUCCUGAGGCGCCCGAGUGUGAGGAGCAGAUCCCGUCUCUCUCUAAUCUCCAUGGUUGUUGGUGAGGACUGAGUACUGAGGACAGGAUCAGUAUUUGAAUUGGAAUUUGCUCUUCAACGUACCUAACAUCCCUCUUCCCUUCUUACCAAUUACCAACAAACCCCUUCUCUUCUCUAUUUUUCUUUCCCACCAACCCCGCCGUCUCUCUCUCUCUCUCUCUGUUCCUUUCCUUUUUAAACGCAACAAAUCAGAGGACGGCGCAGUGCAACUCAAUUGAUCGCCCGCCAUGGCUAGUUCUUCGAUUCAGGGUUCCUGCUCUUCCAACAUUACUCCCACACCAGCUCGUCGUCAUCGAAAUCGACCUCUUGGAGUUUCUUCCGAUCGGGAACCUUUCAGAUCUCUCUCUUUCUCCUCUCAUCUCCACAGCCUCUCCUUAAAAUCCUUAGGGCAAAGGUUGCACGUGCAGCCAUUUAAAACGUCUGCCGUGGUAAGAGCAGAGUGCAGCCCCGAGAAAAUGCAGAUCGACAUCUCGUUGAGCCCUAGAGUAAACUCUGUUAAGCCCUCAAAGACAGUGGCUAUAACCGACCAAGCAACUGCACUUGCACAAGCUGGGGUACCGGUUAUAAGGUUAGCGGCUGGAGAACCUGAUUUUGAUACCCCGGCUGUAAUUGCAGAGGCUGGAAUAAAUGCAAUCCGCGAGGGCUACACAAGGUACACCCCAAAUGCAGGUACUUUGGAGCUCCGGAAAGCUAUUUGUCAUAAGCUUAAAGAGGAGAAUGGACUGACUUAUACACCUGAUCAGAUUUUGGUCAGUAAUGGAGCCAAACAGUGUAUCCUACAAGCUGUGCUUGCAGUUUGCUCUCCUGGUGAUGAGGUUAUAAUUCCAGCUCCAUUUUGGGUAAGCUAUCCGGAAAUGGCAAGGCUGGCGGAUGCAACACCUGUAGUUCUACCGACACAGAUAUCUGAGAAUUUUCUUUUAGACCCAAAGCUUCUUGCAUCCAAACUCACUGAAAAGUCAAGGCUGCUGAUUCUUUGUUCCCCUUCCAAUCCAACUGGAUCUGUUUAUCCGAGAAAACUGCUUGAGGAGAUUGCCGAUAUUGUAGCAAGGCAUCCUAGGCUUCUGGUUUUGUCUGAUGAGAUAUAUGAGCAUAUUAUUUAUGCACCAGCAACUCACACAAGUUUUGCUUCUUUACCGGGCAUGUGGGAGAGAACUUUGACAGUCAAUGGUUUUUCCAAGGCCUUUGCGAUGACUGGCUGGCGUCUUGGAUACCUAGCUGGUCCAAAACACUUUGUUGCAGCAUGUGGGAAAAUCCAGAGCCAGUUCACAUCUGGUGCUAGCAGUAUUUCUCAGAAAGCAGGGGUUGCUGCUUUAGGAUUGGGGUAUGCUGGAGGGGAGGCAGUCUCUACAAUGGUAAAAGCAUUCCAGGAGCGGCGGGAUUUCUUAGUCAAGAGCUUUAAAGAAUUGGAGGGUGUCAAGAUUUCAGAGCCCCAGGGUGCUUUCUACCUGUUCCUUGAUUUCAGUUCCUACUAUGGAGCAGAGGUUGAGGGGUUUGGUCUCAUCAAGGGUUCUGAUUCCCUCUGUCGAUAUCUGCUGGAUAAAGCACAGGUUGCACUCGUCCCUGGAGAUGCAUUUGGAGAUGACAACUGCAUCCGUAUCUCCUAUGCGGCAUCCCUUUCCACACUGCAAGCAGCCAUGGAGCGAAUCAAGGGAGCAAUGGCUUUACUCAAGCGUCCUGUUCCUGCUUGAUUGGAAAAAUUCCUUUGAUGGAAUUGUUUUCACUAUUGAUGUCUUUGUAUCAAGUCUAUGCACUAUGUACUAAUUAUGAUUGGAAUGAGAUUAGAUAAUUGUAAGGGCGUAUGUAUUAAUCUCUC